AAAAAAAGGGGGGGAAACUGCGGAGAACUGCAAGAAACUUUGUGUUUUGAAUGAUUAAUUUCAUCCCUGGUUUCUUUUCCCUCCUUCCUGACAAAAAAAGCUCUGAGUACUUUGAGCAUGGAACAUCUCUCAUCUGACCAGGGCAGGGAGCUGUAAGUUCAACACUGAGGAGACCUGUGAUUGGCUGGGAUGAUGAUGGCGGACAUACUGGAGCUGCGGACAGAUGGAAACUCACUCCUGAAGGCAGUGUGGCUCAGGCGCCUGAGACUCACCCGGCUCCUGUUGGAAGGGGGCGCGUACAUCAACGAGAGCAACGAGCGCGGGGAGACGCCCCUCAUGGUGGCCUGCAUGUCCACGCACAGCGACCAGCAGAGCGUGAGCAAGUCCAAGCUCGUGAAGUAUCUGCUGGAGAACCAAGCCGACCCGAACAUACAGGACAAAGCGGGCAGGACGUCCCUGAUGCACGCCUGCAUCCACAAGGCGGGCCGCGAGGUGGUGGAUCACCUGCUGAGCAAUGGGGCGGAUCCCAGUCUGGAGGACAGGAGCGGGGCCUCCGCCUUAGUCUACGCCAUCAACGCGGACGACAAGGAGACACUAAAGCGGCUCCUGGACGCGUGCAAAGCAAAAGGCAAGGAGGUCAUCAUCAUCACCACGGACAAGUCGGCGUCCGGCACCAAAACCACCAAACAGUACCUGAAUGUCCCCCCAUCGCCGGAGCUGGACGAGAAGUCCUCCCCGGCGUACUGCACCUCUCCGUCGGACAUCGAUGUCACCGCCUCUCCUGCGCAAACCAACACAGUCUUCAGUUUCCAGACGAAGCUGAAAACCUCCACCUCGGCCUCCAAACUCUCCAACGGGCCCACGUCUCCAACGCGCAAGCCGGCGAACCCGAAGCGGGCCCGCCUGCCUCAGCUGAAGAGGUUGCAGUCGGAGCCUUGGGGGCUGAUCGCUCCGUCUGUCCUGGCUGCCGCUGCUGCUGCUGCUGCGGCCGCCCAUGAGGAGAGCAGGAAAGCCAGCUCGGAUGAGGAUGUUGUAGCAGGGGUUAACGGACUCCACCUGAGCAAAAGGUCAGCGUUGUCUCGGCAGAGCAGCGUGGACGGGAAGGAGAGCUUCUUCCCACUGGUGGGCGAGCAAGCCUGCAAAAUGAAAACCUCACUGUCUGUUCCUCUGACGUCCAAAGCAUCAUAUGAGAGAUCCCUGUGCCAGCACCAACCGCUGGCACGGCGCAGCACUGUGCCAACGGAGCAGGAGGGCCUCAGCACCUGCUGCAGCAGCGGCCUCGUCACUCUCAGAGACACGAUGCACAGGAGACGCCUCGGGAACGAUCACUACGACUCAGACUCGCAGCUCUACUCGGACUCUGCCAUGUCGGACUCACCUAAGGUGCCAUUGGAGCGCAGGAAACUGAACACCUCUCCGCUGGCGUUGCUGAACAGCUCCAGAGAGUCUCUGGACAGCAACGCCAGCCCGUCCUCUCCGAGCAUGGCGCACAGGCGGGCGCCGGGCCUCCUGGAGAGGAGGGGCUCGGGCACGCUGCUGCUGGACCACAUCUCCCACACCAGGCCCGGCCACCUGCCCCCACUCAACGUCAACCCCAACCCCCCAAUUCCGGACAUAGGGGCGAAUAGCAAGCCCUCCUCGCCCAUGGCCUCGGGUAUUAGAUCGAUAGCUCCUGUAGCACCGAACACACCAAAGAGAGGCGGCCUGAAGUCCAAAAAGAAACUCGUGAGAAGGCACUCUAUGCAAGUGGAGCAGAUGAAGCAGCUCUCUGAUUUUGAAGAGCUGGCUCAUUAGUCAGUGAUGUUUGUGAAGCACAUAGUGUGUGGGAGUGGAGAGGUUAACACCAUAAAUAAAUAGAUCCAUAGGUCCAGCUGUGUAGACUCAUGGCCAUCUAGAUGUUGAAUAAUGUGUUUAUAAAAAAUAUAGAUAUAUAUAUAUAUAUGUAUUGAAACUGAGCAAUAUAGAUAGAUUUCCACUAU